GAAGGCGCGCGUGCGCAGAAAUAUUCUGGGUCUGUCUCCGGAUACUCUCAUUGUUGUUGUCAUUUUAUUCAGUUAAAAUAAUUCUUUUAAUUAUGGCGUCACUCGAUUAUAAGACUACUGUUAGUUUUAAAUAAUUUUAAACUGAAUGAUGAACAUUUUGUGAUUUUAAUUAAUGUGUGUCCGUGAGUGCAAGUUAUUAAAUAAAUUAAAUUCAGUGCUGGCUUAGCUCUCGGAGUUCUCGGGUUAUUUAUCGCCAUGUUUGGCGUUGGAGUUUUGAAACGGGAAUAAAAAUAAUUAAAUGCAUUUUUUUUUUAUUAUAAAUAAUGUAAUUAAGUGAUUGUUAUAAUUUAGUGAUUAAUUAGUUGUGAUAAUUGAAUAAUUUUAGUGAGUGCUUCUGUGUUUAAUUUAUUUAUUUCGUGAUGGUAAUCUACCACUGACAGCGGAAAAUAAAAAUGGCGGGAAGCGAUGGAGAGUUUUUUUCCUUGCCAAAAACUUCAUCAUUAUCGCAAUUACAAAAGGGUCAUAAGUUACUCAACGAAUUACGCAAUAAAGUAAUGUCUGAAACAAAAGUAGCCGCAACUCCAGCAAUUAAAUCAACUGGUGCUAAGCCAAAGGACUUGAAGCAAUCAAAGAAUUUUCUGGAAACUAUCGCCAGUACAUUUCAGGAAGUACUGCGAUAUGAAAACAAAGAGCUCCAAAAGUAUACAAAGCAUUUUGUUCCAAUCGAUCGAUUACAACUUGAAGCCAUUAAGAAGAUGAGAGUUAUACAAAAAAAUUUAAAACUUAAUAAUUCAAAGUCGAAUAAUAAUGAAAGUCAUUUUUCAAUAGAACAUAAAAUGACAAUUGAAGAUUUAGUGCUAGUUGAACUAGUGCAUUGGUUUAAAAAUGAGUUUUUCAGCUGGAUGAAUAGUCCAACCUGUAGAUUUUGUUCAAACAUAUGUAGCUUCCAUAGAAAUGAAUUUCGAAACGAUCCUCGAGUUUCGAGAGUUGAAGUACAUAAAUGCGAAUCUUGUGAAGCUGAAGAAGAGUUUCCGAGAUAUACGGAUCCUAAAAUAUUAUUAACUACUCGAAAAGGGCGAUGCGGGGAGUGGGCAAAUGCUUUCACGUUAAUUUCACGUACUUUUGGUUAUGACACCAGAAUUGUUUAUGAUCAGACAGACCAUGUGUGGUCCGAAGUAUGGUCGGUUGCAGAAAACCGCUGGAUCCAUGUCGACCCAUGUGAAGAUGUCAUCGAUCGGCCUUUACUCUAUGAAAAAGGUUGGAAGAAGAAAUUAACUUACGUCAUUGCUUACUCAAAAGACGAAGUACAAGAUGUCACUUGGCGCUACACCAGAGAUCCGAAUAUUUUCAACCGUAGAAAUCUUACCAGUGAAAGCAGCCUUUUGUCUUUGAUUCUCCGGCUAAAUGAAGAGAGGUUCAAUUUAUCUGGUCUGGAGUAUAGCGAUGCUAGAAAGAAGUAUGUUAUUAAGAGACGAUUAAUGGAAUUAGCUGAAUUAUUACCAGCUCCGCCGGGUACAUUUAAACUGUCAGAUAACAGUGACAAUAAUGAUUACGGUGGAAGAAUAUCCGGUGAUGCGGCUUGGCGUUUAGCACGUGGUGAAUUAUCGGAAACACAUGAGCCAUAUCUAUGGAAAGUUCAGCCAGGAUUAAAAGUAUUUAAAUUAAAUUAUUCGAUACUAAAAGAUACUUAUGAAGUUUACAAUGAGUCGGAUAAAAGAAUGGAUGUAAAGGAAGGCUGGAGCACGGGUGUAAAUAAAUAUGAAGGAGGCAUAUUUCGCAACACUGAACAAGAUUGGAAAAUGGUGUAUUUAGCAAGAUCACCCGGCAAUGAAAUUGGAAAAGUUACGUGGAGUAUAGAGCUACCGGAUGAACUUGAUAUAGAAUUGUUUGAGUUACGUGCCACUGUCGCUACCUUUGAUAACGCCAAUAUCCAGUGGACUAUUGAGGGCAUCAAUAAUGAUAACGUUAUCGUAUUGUCCGUAGAUGAUUGUAAAUAUUAUAAAACAAAUCAACUUGAAGCACGUAAAAUAAACGUGAUUGUUAAAUUAUUAGGAGGCAGCGGUGACGUUUCAUGGCAACAUGCGCAACUUUUCCGACAGAGUUUAAAUGCCUCGGAAAAUUAUUCUAUGCAAAUAUGUAUAACAUUCAAACAGAUGACGUAAAAUUAUAAUAUUUUUAUAAAUUCUAGGUAAAUAAAAAAAAAAAAAAAAAAAAAAAUACGAGGUACAGUCGGAUUCCAUUAACUCGAAGAGUUGGUCUGCGGAGCGGAAAUUUUCUGGAAAUCCCGACUUUUCGAAUGCCCCUUCUCUUUCAAAGAAUAAACUACCGCGCAUGCGCUCUUACAUGUACAUAAAUGAGGAAUAUAUACGUAUAUAUAGACAUACAUAUGUAUAGCAUCGGGUAGGAGAUAGUGUAGCUCGUAGUGGGGGUCAAGAUUGAGGAGAAGUUCCGAGUUAAUGGAACCCGGCUUAACGAAUUCGACUGCAAUAUCGCAAAUUAUUGAUAUUUUAUGAUUUUUUUAAUUAACGUCAACAUUACUUACAGUUAUAAAUUUUUUUAUAGUAGUACAUUAUUUUUUACAGGUACAGUUUUAAAACUUUUUACUUUAUUGUUUACUUGGUAUCAACUAAUGGUCUCUUUAAGGGAGGUCUGAGAUACAAAAAAAGUGGAUAUUUUUGUGAUUUUUUUUUUCAUGGUAUUUUCUUUAUUAAAAUUUUGAAAAUUUGUGACAUUAUUAAGCAUCAUUUCAAGAAUAUUCUGAGAAAUUUUCAUAAAAAAAUAUUUAAAAAUAAGCCAGUGGUAGUGGGGAGAGACGAGUCACCUCAAAAAAAAGUCUUCAUGCCGUAGGCAGGAUAACUCAUGACUGCAUCUGAAAUCAAAAAACCAAAAAGAUUUCUUUAGUAAAUAAGUUUAUCUCGGAUUUAAACGAAGGAAUAAACAAAAUAAUCAUUUUUGAAUUUUUGGUAGUGCAAUCAAAAGACUGAUUUUUGCCAAAAAUUCUUCCUUUUAUUUAAUUAAAAAAUAAGUAGUUAUUGAAAAAAAUCCUUCGUUCAAAUCUAAGAUAAACUCAUAUACCUAAAAAAUCUUUUUGGUUUUUUGAUUUCAGAUGAAGCAGUGAGUUAUCCUGCCUACGGCAUGAAGACUUUUUUUUGAGGUGACUCGUCUCUCCCCACUAGUACUGGCUUGUUUUUAAGUAUUUUUUAAUGAAAAUUUAGCAGAACAUUCUUGGAAUGAUGCUUAAUAAUCUCACAAAUUUUCAAAAUUUUAAUAAAGAAAAUACUAUGAAAAAAAAAAUCACAAAAAUAUCCUCUUUUUUUAUCUCAGACCCCUUUUCCCUGUAGUUGAUUAAUUGCACAUGCGCAUUGAAGACCUCAAUAGCUAAUGUUUCUCAACGAUCCGCAUUACCACUUAGUAUUUAUUCUUCAAUUUAAUAAAUUAAUUAAAAAAAAAAAAAAUGUCUAUUAACGCGGACUGCGAUUAGAAAAAGCUUCAAUCCUGAUCACGUUCUCUAGUGUCAAAAAUUCAUACUUUUAUCUUAUAUUGUAGCCAAUAAAUAUAUCAAUUAAAAAUAAUGAAUAC